AUGAAUCCUAAGAUUCAAUGGUUAGCUCAAACAAAGAAGAAUAUGGUCGAGACUGAAUUCAAGCAUGGCCCGCCCGAGGUCCGGGAAUGGCGCCAGGCGAGGGUGCCGCUAUGCCCCGCUGCUCUGCUGCGGCCAGCCCCGGACUAUGCAAAAGAAUCGAGGCCAAGGGGUCUCAUCCCAUCAUCGAUCAAGUGA